UGUCCCCAGCUAUAAAACAAGGCGUGCGUGAAUCUAAUCAUUACAUUCAUCUGACUCACAGACGAGAAGUGACGACCUACUCUCUACUCUUGGAAGCCUUUUGGAAGAAGGAAAACUUUGAGAAAAUGGAUCCCUGCGAAUGCUCAAAGACUGGGACUUGCAACUGCGGAACCUCCUGCAAGUGCACUAACUGCCAGUGUACCUCUUGCAAGAAGAGCUGCUGCACCUGCUGUCCAUCCGGCUGUAGCAAGUGCGCAUCUGGAUGCGUGUGCAAGGGCAACGCUUGUGAUUCCAGUUGCUGUCAAUGAGCCACAGCAGAUUCCUGAAUGGUUUUUUGUCUUUUCUUUUUAUUUGUCCAACGUGACUUCUUGUGCUUUCUCAAUGCUAAGCUGCCUUGUAUUUAGAAGGUGUUUUGUCAUUGAACAUGUCUUUUUACGUUUAUGUUGAAUAAAUGUCUAAUAUCAA